CAUGUUUUCAUUUGGUUGUUUAGUGGUACGAUACGAAAGACAUCAAGUCAAUUAUUAGAAUCACAACAAAACAUUGGCGUUACUUUGUCCAACACAUCUAAACUUCUAGAUUUCUCAGCUUUCACCUCGUACGUAGCUAGCUAUCGCCUCGCAAAAUGUCCAUCCAAAAGGUCUAGUGUACGACAGCCGGCCAGAACCUCAUCGCCGCCAUUUCGUCGAUGGGCGAGAUCAUGCCCAAGCCCCAGACGUGACCUUGUUCUGCGCUGUCAGGUCACCCACCCCCCACACACAUUGCACUCCCAAAUCGUCAACCCAUUCCCUCCCCCUGUCAAAAUCCAUCUCAUCCAGACCCAAAAAUAUGUCAAGGCAAAUGAAGAGCGAAGAAAGGAAGCGAACAAUCCCCAUCUUCAGCCUCCUCGACACCGCCAUUCACCGAUCAAACACUUCACGCAGGGCACGCAGAGUCGUUGGAACGCGAACAGGAACACUCUAUUAUGCGUUCGCCACUUCUCACUGACGACGUAGCCACGGUCGAUGCUUCUCAAGCACUCGGUUCACUGUACUGCAAGUAUUUGUGCUCCAUCUGGAACGUCACCGGAAACAUGGAAACUCUCCUCUUAAUCCCAGCUCAACCCGAGUAUCAGGCUCAACCGGGGGGCACCCGUAACGCAACGACGACAACAACUCUAAAAAAAAGCCAUUGCCAAAAGUGA